GUAUAAAACGGUGAUGAACCCUUGCGGGGCGUAUCAGUCGAACAGGUUUGCUAAAAAUAAUCAUAAUCGAUAAUAGUCGUCAUAAAUAAUGGUCUCGCCUACAACACGAACGAUCAUCGCAUCGGCGUGGUUAAUGAUGACCGUGACGGUAAUCGACGGGCAGAUCAAUCGCUACAUAAAUCCUGCUUGGCUGGAAAUGGACGCCAACAGCGAAUAUUAUCCUGGCGGAGAGGUGGUUGGUCAAAUAUUGAGGUCGUACGGGUUAGGCGACAACUACGGUGGUUCCCGGUACAGGUCCCCAGGUUACAGGAGCAGAGACGGCGGCUACAGGAGUUCGUAUGCUCGGGGCAGGAUACUCGACAACAAAUUAAACAACGCCUACGACGUCGAUCCGCUGGAAUACCUAGACCACACCUACGACUACGUUGACAGUACCAACAGGGCAUCAAACCGGUACCGAAACAGUCAUUUGGUGCCUAGAAGGACCAGGAUCAAUAUGACCCCGAUAUCAAAGAACACUUACUUGCCGUCGGAUUACGCGGAUCGCGGCAUGUCUCUUGUGUAUUCUACUUCGGCGAUAGGCACUACAAUGGAUCCGGACACCGACCGGGAUUUUCAGUCGUUGUACAGGAACAGAGAUUACAGGAGUAGAGUGUUGAAUCCCAGAGCGACCAGGACUCCGGGAACGGUGGCAACCGCCGUCGACAAUGAUGAAGAGCAGCAUCAGCUUCGAAAAUCCCAGUAACAUACAAAAUAACUACUCAAAAAAAUGUUUGCGAGUGCAAUCAUUUUUGAAAGUAAAUUUAAGGAACUAACACAAUUACGGCGAUGUCGCCGUGCGGUCUGAUAGUUUCACGUUUUGAAUAUUAUGUAUGUUGUGAAUAAAAA